UCCUCCUCUCUCCUCUCCUCUCCUCCUCUCUCCUCUCCUCUCCUCUCCUCUUCUCUUCUCUUCUCUUCUCUCUCUUUGGCAGCCGCUGGACGUCCGGUGUGGAUGGUGGCAGCGGCGUCAGUCUAAACAGCAGCAGCAGCCGUCGCCUCACGCUCUCUCUCCGUGCCCGGGUCAGCCUCUCCAGUUCUCUUCAUCCAUUCUCCUGAAAGGUGCAGGGCGGAUUCGGGGCGGCCGAGGCGCAGCGGCAGCACCAGCUGUAGCGGCGGGAGGCAGGAUGAGCGCACGCGGUGAAGGCGCCGGGCAGCCGUCCACUUCAGCCCAGGGACAACCUGCAGUCCCCGCGCCCCAGAAGCGAGGACGCGGCCGACCCAGGAAGCAGCAGCAAGAGACAACCUGUGAGCCCUCUCCUAAGAGACCCAGGGGAAGACCUAAAGGCAGCAAAAACAAGAGUCCCUCCAAAGCAGCUCAAAAGAAAGCAGAAGCCACUGGAGAAAAACGGCCAAGAGGCAGACCUAGGAAAUGGUUUCAUUUUCUAGGUGUUUUGGAUUUUCUUUCUCACACUGGCCUCCUCAGGAAGCAGGGGUUUAAUUUCCAGUGUUGCUGGCAAACCUCAGUUAUCACUCUACACAGGGACAACAGACGCAUUGGUACCAUGCAUGUAAGAAGUACGUGGGCAGCAUCUACUGUGGAGAUCCCGGCCUUCCUGGGAAGAACUGGGCCAUCCUCACUGACUCUCUUGGUUUCUAAUUUUUAUUGGCUGUGAGAGUGGAAAAUUUUGUGUGGUGAAUUGUUACAAGUCCCUGAUUUGGUCCCCAAAGAAGAGUUGCUCUACUUAAAAGAGGAAAUAAAAGGAAAUUGCAUAUUUUUUUCUAGACAACGUGUUUCCUCUUUGCUUGUAUAUCUUCUGUUGGUGGAUGCAUAGUCAAUCACAGCAAGACAUUCUGUUCAAUGGCAUUCUUUGUUGGAAAGCUUGUAUGAAGAAAUAAAUCACUGAACUUUCCAUAGGAAAUGGGCUUGAUCUUUAUAGUAAGUUUAGUUCCUUCCAACAGUGACGUUCCCUGAUUUCCUUGAUGGAGAUAUAUCUUUGAACUGACUGGAUUUACUUGACAUAUGGUUUAGAGACCAAAUUGUUCCCUUUAUUCUUAUAAGUUGCAUUGUUUUAAAGCUCUUUUGUUUUUAAAAGGAUAUAUCCAAUAUAUCAUAAAGAUCCAUGCAAGCUGCCUGGAAAAGAAUAUCUGUAGAUGGAACUGGGGUCAGUAGUUGGGUAUUUUAAUCAAAAUUGUGUAGUUCUAGCAGAGACCCCUGCAUCAGUCCUGCUACUGCAUUGGCAGCUCCAGUGAGUCCAGGAGUAUGUUAAAUAGGUUUGGUUAGACUCCUUCACUCUUCAGUAUUUCUUUGGUCUUUUCUCCCUCUGGUUUGACUGGAUUUCAGACCUAUUAUUUUGAUGGGAUUUUUCUGGGUUUGUUGUGUAUGUUCACAUGCAAGAAAGAAGAAAGAAAAGAGUCUCAUUUUCCUGCUGGGUUCUCACUGUUAGGAGCCCAGGAUUGGGGUUCAGGUGGCUUGGGUUCAAAUUCUGACCCAGUGCUCAGCUAUGUCAUCUUGAGCAAAUUAUAUGACCAUCUCAAGGCCCUGUUUCUUAUCUGGAAAAGGUAGAUUUCUCCUGGAAUUCUUUUGAGCAUUGAACGAGAGAGUGUAUGCAAAAGCUCAGUAUAACUAUACGUGGCAUAUAGUGCUGGGUAAAUGUUAGAAAUUAUGGAUAACUCCAUGGUACACUUUCACCUUGUUGUCAACUAUAGCCUGUGCUGUAAUUAUCUACAGCCACAAGUACUUACAUAUGAAGUGACAGUCAAACACCACACAUUAAGUUCUCCUGCUGAUGCCAUGCUUUCCUUAUAUCUAUGUUGAAUAUUAUCAAGUUUAAGAACUGCUUAUCGGGGACUGGAGAGAUGGUUCAGUGG